AUGCGGGCGAUUUCGUGCACCCUGAUCGCAGCCGCGUGCGGGACCGCGACUGGCGUGUCCCUAGCUGCCCGACAGGGCGGCGCCGGGAACGCGACGAUUCAGUGCGCGGCAAUCCCCUCGCCCUUCCCGACCUGGCAGCAGCUGCCGCAACAGAGCACGCUGCCGGACCCCUUUCUGCCGCUCAAGUACACCACACCCAGCGACGCACAGAACAUCAUGGCGGGCAAGGGCCAGGGACGGGUGCAGACUCCCGACGAGUGGUACCAGUGCCGGCAGCCCGAGAUCCUCCAGAUGCUGCAGGAGUACCAGUACGGUUACUACCCGGACCACAGCCAGGAGAAGGUCGAGGCCACGCGCAGCGGGACCACGCUGAACAUUGCCGUUACUGCCGGCGACAAGACGGGCAGCUUCAAGGCCAGCUUCACGCUGCCGUCGGGCGCGUCGGCAUCCAAGCCGGCGCCCGUGGUCAUCAACAUCGGCGGCAUGCAGAACCAGCCGUAUCUGAGUGCGGGCAUUGCGAUUGCUCAGUUCGACUACACGUCGGUGGCGCCGGACAGCAACUCCAAGACGGGCGCCUUCUGGAGCAUCUACAACGGGCGGGACAUCGGCGUGCUGACGGCCUGGGCCUGGGGCUUCCACCGCGUGCUGGACGCCAUCAACAUGACGGUGCCCGAGAUUGACGCCACGCGGGUCGGCGUGACGGGCUGCUCGCGGCUGGGCAAGGGCGCGCUGGCGGCCGGGCUGUUCGACAAGCGCAUCACGCUGACGAUGCCCAUGUCGUCCGGGGUGCAGGGCAUGGGCCCGUACCGCUACUACACGAUGAGCGGGCAGGGCGAGAAUCUUGAGAACAGCAAGCAGGGGGCGCCCUGGUGGACGGACAGCACGCUGGGCACCUUUGUCAACCACGCCGAGAACCUGCCGUACGACGCGCACACCAUCGCGGCCGCCAUCGCGCCGAGGGCGCUGGUCAUCGACCAGGGUACCGGCGACCAGUUCACCAACAGCAAGGCCACCGCCGUCAUCAUCUACCCGGCGGCGAAGCUGGUGUACGACUGGCUGGGCGUGGGCGACCAGAUCGCCAUGAGCGUGCGCAGCGGCGGGCACUGCGACAUGAGCGGGUACACGUCCGUCCUUCCCUACGUGCAAAAGAUCUUCUUUGGCACGCCGACGAACAAGGACUACAACAGCCUCGGCUCGUACGGGUCGCCCAUCACGACCGCGUAUCCCUGGGCGACUGCAACGCCUCCCAGCAAGGCGGCGUAA